CGCGAGGCCGUUGGAGGAGGCGCGGCUAUCUGCCCCAAGGCGGAGCCAGUUGGGGGCGCCGCGGUGCAGACUAGGUGGUAACGACGCCGGCCACCAACCUGGGAUUUCCCCGGAGCCGAUAAAAGCGGUUUUGCGGCCGUAUGGCUGGGCUGUUCCCCUCAGUAGCUACGACCCUCCUUGCUUUUCCCGCUUGGCCCGGACCUGGGCGCCUCCCCCGCGCGUUCCAGCUGAUGCGCCCUGCCGGUGCGCUUUUACGCACAGCUGGGGCCAUCGGGCUCCAGGCCCCGGAGCUGUGAGGCGCGUCUCGCUCCUCGCCUCCCGGCAGGAUGGACGACCCGCCGCCGCUGCCCGCUCGCGCCCGGCUGAGUUACUCGCUGGGCCAUUUCCUGAACGAUUUAUGCGCCUCGAUGUGGUUCACCUACUUGCUAGUCUACUUCCAUUCGGUGCUGGGCUACAGCACCCAACAUGCGGGGGCGCUGCUGCUGGCGGGGCAGGUGGCGGACGGUAUCUGCACGCCCCUGGUGGGCUACGAGGCGGACCAGGCCGGCGGGUGUGGGCGCUACGGGCGUAGGAAAUCGUGGCAUCUGGCUGGGACCAUCUGUGUUCUGCUCUCCUUCCCCUUCAUCUUCAGCCCAUGCAUCGGCUGCACAGAGAGCACACCUGAGUGGGCUGCGCUCAUCUACUUUGUUCCAUUUAUUGUCAUCUUCCAAUUUGGCUGGGCAGCCACCCAAAUCUCUCACCUCUCGCUCAUACCAGAGUUGGUCACUAGUGACCAUGAGAAGGUGGAACUCACAGCUUUCAGGUACGCCUUCACUGUCAUGGCCAACAUCACGGUGUAUGGAGUUGCAUGGCUCCUCCUGCACUUCCAGAUCGAUCCCACAAAGAAGCUCAUCCAGCACCUCGGGCGCCAUGACAUUCCUGUCUUUCAGAACCUGUCCCUGAUUGUGGUAGGGCUGGGUUCCAUUUCUUCGCUCUUCUUCCAUCUUGGGACCAAAGAAAAGACACGGACAGUUUCUAGAUUGCCCGAUCCAGAUGAGAAUAGUCCCCUGUUGCCUCUAGACCCAAAGAAGCCCAUUCGGACGGUCCUUCUUUGGAAACACUGGUUUCUGGAGCCUGCUUUCUACCAGGUGGCAAUGCUGUACAUGUCCACCCGUCUCAUUGUCAACCUCUCUCAGACAUACAUUGCAAUGUAUCUCACCAACUCACUAAUGCUUCCAAAGAAAUACAUUGCCACAAUCCCGUUGGUGAUGUACAUUAGUGGCUUUCUCUCCUCCUUUUUGAUGAAAACUGUGAACAGACGGAUUGGCAGAAAUCUCACCUACUUUCUGGGACUGCUGAUUAUCAUGGCCUUUGCCUCCUGGGUGGCCCUAGCUGAGCGAAUGGGCAUAGAGGUGUACGGGGCUGCUGUUCUGCUUGGGAUCGGGUCGGCCACCAUCCUGGUGACAUCCCUCUCCAUGACAGCUGAUCUCAUCGGGCCCCACACGCACAGCGGCGCAUUCGUCUACGGGGCCAUGAGCUUCACUGAUAAAGUCGCCAACGGAUUGUCGGUGAUGAUUAUCCAGGACCUGCAUCCAUGUCCGACUCAGCUCUGUUGCAAUGGCUGUGUGACCUUCUACCAUUGGGUAAUGAUCUCGGUUACUGGGGGCAUGGCAAUGGUGGCUGCGCUGUUCCUAGCCAGCAUCAUGAUCUGGCCAAUCGCCAUCCGUUCCCGACUAGCCAGGGUGAAUCCCAAAAACCACGAGUAUCUUGAGGAAGGAGAACCAGUGGCUGUGGUGAACUGAGAUCUUUGAAGAAACAAGCUAGCAUAGGAUGGAAUUGUUACAGUGCGGCAGCAUGGAAAUCCAAAGAGCUGUUUCAUCCAGUUUGAAUUUGCCCUUAUUUGCUCUUCAGACUGAACAUUGACAAUCCCAGCAUAUUUUGCACAAAUACCAGAAGAUCUUUUCUUUUGACCACUUCAUUCCCCCAGUUGGUCCCUUAUGCAGUUAGUGAAGAACUAGCAAUGAAGCAAUAGGUUCCAUCACCUAAUCCACUCUCCCAUUCCCUUUUUCUACUUAUUUGUAUAUAAAAAGUAUAAAUAAAUAAAUGUGAGGUUUUUUAUUUAAGAAAUAAUUAAACUAUCUUAAGUUAAAAAAAA